AUGUCUUCUCAGCCGUUACAUAUGCCUGAUUUCUCACAGGUAAGGGCCAGAGCAGAUAUCAUUUUGUUUUGUCCGUCCUGCAGCCGUCCUGAUGUUGAUCCAGUAGCUGAGAGCACCAGAGUCGCAGAGUCAGAGACUGACAUUUUGGAAUCAGAAGAAUCCUACCCUUCCUAGACCGUCAAGUUAUUCUGACUUCUUUGAGUCCACUGUAUAUGAUCCCCCAGCCCAGCCAGCCCUCGAUGAAUCUACCAUAGACGAUCCUACAGUGCGACCUAUGGUACGAUCUAUUUCAUUACAUCAUCACACGAAGAUAAUUAAAUUCCAUUUAACAAAACUUGCUAGAUAAGUCGAGCUCCAAAAAGAACCUAUUCCAAAAGCUAACGUAAAGCACUUACUGAUAACUAUAACAACAAGGUUACAGCCCCUGUCUUGCACUUUUUAUUUCUUGUAAUAGGAAGUAAUAAUAUAUAGAUUUAGCCAGGGCUAAAAGCGAAGCUCCUAUUAACUCGAAUUUAUAAUUUAAUCAAACAAUAAACUUGCAAUUGUAUUUUACAAAUCAGUUAACUUUAGAGCACAUUCAUGUGACUUUUGAGGGAAAGGCUAAGUGAUUUUAGAGAAAAAUAAUUUGCAAACAGUCCAAGCUAAGAGUGAACUUAAUCUUACAUCGAGUUGAUAGCCUUAUAUGUACACCCAAAAAAUAGCAGUCAUCUUCGAUCACAUUCAAGAACCAUAAUGGCUCUUGAUCACAGUAGAUUAGGCCUGGAAAACAAAUUCUCGGAAAACAAAUCAGGCCCAAUUUUUUGCGUUCGACAAGUUUACAAUUUAUUUUACAAAAUCUUGCUAACAAGUCUGGGGACGUGUAAACCAACCUUUUAUACUUUUUAUACAUCAUCUGAGGUGAAACAGUACCAUGAGGCACUGUUUUUAUCAUACAGGCCUCGGACAGAUCACAAUUUUGCAAUACAAAUUGUACUCAUUCAACAUUCAGGUCGAUCGAAGCAGGCGUGGGCUUUUACCGAAACGGUUAAAAAAAUUGCUAAAAUCAGUUAUACGGUUUGCCGGUUCUCACUUUUGACAAGCGCGAAAGUCGACUGUUUAAAUAAAGAUUAAUAGAGUUAUACGCUUUAACAUGAUAAAAAAUUUAUUAUGUUUAUUUCUUUAUUUAACGGUUUUAUAACUAUGUGUAAUCUUCAAAAGCGUUUGAUACACGCGGCAUUUUGACUACUCCUGCAAGCGAUGUUCGUGAGCGACUGAAAACAAACGGCACAGCGAUUAAAAUUGCGAAAGAGACUACUAACAAAGGAUAAUAAUUCGGUGAAACAUAUACAGAGACAACAAUUUUCAUUCACGAAGACAAGUAAAAAGUGUCUUUGAAAAUCCUUGUUUAUGUUUUAAGCCGGCUUCCUGGCGUUGCUUUUUUCAAAGAUGAACUCGAGGCAAGAAAAUCGCUCAAAGAUUUCUUUUAGAGCCAGAAUUAUAACUAAAUAUUCUUUGGAACGUUUUCUUUCUAUUUGCAGUGCGAAAAUGUCUAAAGGCUUUUUAAAGUUCUAUAAGCUUAUAUAAUCAAACCUGAUACUCGGUCAAAUCGAUCAUUGUAUAAAAUCUUACAAACGUGCAUAAACCAAAUAGCCGCAUAAACUACGCCCGACUUCAUUAAAUUAGAUAUAAAAAACAAACAUCAAAUACAAUAAUUACCCAGGCUUACCCUCAGGCUUGCUCUGCAAACUAUCAAGUAAGGCCAGAAUCGCUUCAGACUUUUCAACCCUCUUACGCAUCAAGCAAGGUGAAAAACGAAAACGAUGCCAUCCGGAAUCGGAUUUCCGACUUUGACAAGCGACGUAUUUCUCAACCAAAAACCCAAUAAACAAACGAACUAUGAAUAACAGAAGACUCUUGAUAGCAGCAGAACUUCAUUUUGCACAUUCAGGGGAGAAAGACAGUUAAAAACAUCACAAGUUGACACAGAAUUCUGUCAGCUUCAGCUGUCAAAGUAAACAAGUUUCAAGAUGCUGCAUAAAUUUUCCGCAUGAACCCACCUGUCAAAUUUUGACCAAUCAGAGCAUAAAAAUUGGACGUAGAGCGUGACCAACGCGUGACCUUAUUGAGAAAAGUCAAAAGCAACUGGCAUGUCUUCCCUGCCUGUAAAAACUGGCUGAAUUUUAGCUUUCGAGGUCAGUUUGAUAUCAAAAUUUUAAUUGUGCGACACAUAUAAAACGCAACAUUUUUGUGUUUAAUUGUGCGACACAUAUAAAACGCAACAUAUUUCAUGUGAAUAAGAAAAAUAAAACUUGAGCCUGCGAUCAUUUGAAAACUAGUAACUUGUCAGCGGAUACCUUCAAAAAGAUACUCGGCCUCGAUGGGUCGACACCUGAGCCCGCGAUACGGUCGGGUGAUAAUUGUCAGCGGAUACCCUGUUUUGACAGCUGUCAAUUGAUCACAACAUUGAUGUACAAUAUGUGUGCAAUAUCAGUUUUCCUGUGCUACCAAACUCGCUAGAAAGUGUGAGAUUGAACAUUGGUUUUCCUGUGGUGCGGACGGACGGGCGGGCUGCGGGCGGUGUACGGUCACGUGAUUACCAAAUUUUCUCGGAUGGGUAGAUUUACUUACCCAUGGUGCUCCGCAGGCGCGCUUUUCGCGCCAGAGCUCCGCUAUAAACUGUUCCCUCAAAUAAAUGAAAUAUUUGGCUCUUAAUUAGGUUGAUAGGUACUGUAGCGAGUUGUAUGUAAAAACAACUAAUCCACAAGACCAGACCGUCAAGGCUCAAAAUUACAGGCGGUCAACGUAAUAUGUUGGGUCAAGAUUUGGCCGGUCAACAUUAAGGACCUGAAAAUUGAAAUAACUGCUUUUACAUGGCUUAGCUCAUUUUUUUUUUUAAAAAAUGUUACUUUACUAACUUGAUAACCGCACUCAAAAGUGCUUUAUAAUAAUUAAGAUAUGUUCGUCCUAAAUUCAAUAUUUCCCCAUCUCGCAAUACAAGGAGUUUUAGAGCAUUUAUGGGGGAAUUUUUUGUCUUAAUUUGCCUGUUAACGCAGGUUCUUACUCGUGAAGUUUUAGUGUAUUUCGACCGGUCCGAGCUACAAUUUGUUUGGCAGGAAACAAUGACCGAGCUAAGAUUUGUUUGGCCUGUCAACGUGACCGGCCACUAUUUAAAAAUCAUUUCGAGCACUGACUUCAUGACCUUCCUAUUUACAUAAAAAAAUAUAAGAAGAUAGGUAUCUACAGAAUGGAAAAGCCUAAUACUAAAAAAAGAUAUUUCAAUUACAAGAGGGAGAAUAGCCAGCCGAAUACCUCUUACACUUGACAAAAGCAAAUCUGACGCACAUUUAAAUUCUGUUUACCCUAAAAAAGUAAAUAGCGGGCCUGCAUGAACCCGCACAAUCUGCUACAAAUUAGCUCUUUCAAAAAUCAUCAUGGCAAAACCAGGGCAAAACAUCAUUAAAUUCAAGCUACUGUCCGCCAGGCACAAGGAUGAAACAAGUGACAUCUCAAAGACUUUUCAGAAAACAUAACAACGCUUUCACAGACAUUAGGCCGUUUACAUGUAAUUUACGAUCCUCUAACACUGAAAAAUUUCUCACUUGCCACGAAGACCAGAGUCGCGGCAAAAAUUUUUACGCUUACGUAAGCUUACAGAAUGACGAACAGUCACGACAGGAGUUUUAUUGAGCGAUUCAUUGCACGGUCGCAUCGGACAGAAAACAAUGCCAAUGGUUAUUUAACUAAAAUCUCGAUGAAAUUAAGAUUACCUUGGGUUUUCCGCGCACCAGAAAGAUCGAAGAUACAUCGAUGAGUACUAUACUGUAACAUCUUGAUGUGCCUGUCUUGCUAAAUUGAAACUUCAAUUUCCUUUCUUUUAACCGAACUUAAACACAUGUCAAAAUAUCUUAACCGCGGCAAAUUACUAGAGACGGAAUACAUUUCCCUCAAGAUGUAAGAUGUCUGAAACUCGACACUGCGUGACAAUAAGUGACGUGUGCUGAUUGGUCAGACAAACAAAACAACAGCUAGUCAGAUAGUUUUCAAAGUGUUUUUGUAAAAACCAAAAACGCCUUCUAUCCGCUACAUAUAUAUUAACAGUAAACUAACCUCGAAGAUAGCCACUCACCUUCUCCUCCUUCCCGCUCGUCUUCGUUUAUACGACGCGCGUUUCCCCUUGCUGUUUCUCGCCCUCUUCUUCGCCGCUCGUCGCUAAUUCGGCGUCUAUUUUCUCUUGCUCUCUCUCGUUCAUUCUCCAGUUGCUCUUCAGUGAAAUUUUGCCUCCUUUCUCUGUUUCUCUCGUGCUCCCUCUCACGUUGCUCAUCAGUAAAGUUGCGCCUCCUUUCUCUAUCCCUUUCCUGCUGUAUUUCCCGUUGCUCGUCAGUAACAUUGCUUCUCCUUUCUCUGUCUCUUUCUCUCUCCCUUUCCCGUUGUUCGUCAGUAACAUUGCGUCUGCUUUCUCUGUCUCUUUCUUUCUCCCUUUCCCGUUGCUCGUCAGUGCAGUUUCGCCUCCUUUCUAUAGCUCUCUGCCGCUCUCUCUCUCGUUGAGCUUGGCUUGCUUGCCGCCUACUUUCUCGUUUUCUCUGUCUCUCUCUGUCUCUAUACUCCAAACCAGAGGACAUAAUUAAUGAGUAAAAAAUUUAGAAAAUAUAGAAGUAAAAACAAUUUCCGUCAACCGAUACGAAAAAUUUCUUUUUGUUCUGAAUUAACUUCGCUGAACUUUUAAGAUUACCCUUUACAAAACGCGGGUGGCCAUUCGUUUUCGCGCCAAAAAAAAAAAACCUCACUCACAAACGACACAGACUACCCCAAAUUUUGCGUUGGUAUGCCUGUGGUGCGGACGGACGGGCGGGCUGAGGGCGGUGUACGGUCACGUGAUUACCAAAUUUUCUGGGAUGGGUAGAUUUACUAACCCAUGGUGCUCGGCAGGCGCGCUUCGCGCGCCAGAGCCCCGCUAGGAAUCGUUUUGGACUGUUUUCUGAAAUCCAGGCCCUAACAUUCUCCAGUUGAUCGCUUUUUCGGGGAUAGGUCUGUUUAAAACCCGCAAAAUUAAGUACCAAAAAGUUAUUCGCUUUUGUCCUUUUUUUCGCAAUAUAGGAAUAGGGAUUCCGUUAACAGUGAGGUCGAGGGCAGCCAAAUGCCCCUCUCCUACCAUCCACGGUGCUAGUGCCGAAUCUUCGCUCGACGAUCCAUCUGUACACCAACAGCAAGACCAGCACCAACUCGAUGAUGACCGGUGACGUACCAAAUAGUCGACGACGAAACUAAAAGGGGGCAGCAGAAGCUCGUUGACAGCAGAGGAUAUAUCUUCAUCAUUGUCGAGGCGAUGCUGUUGACUGGCAGUGUUCAGUCAGGCCCAUGUUGAAUCCGUGUAGAGCGAAAGUAAAACAACGUGGUAAGAGUUUCAAAGCAGGACCUAGUGGACACAACCACCCAGCUUAUGUGGGGUCCACUAUUGCCGCGAAAGUGAUUUCCAUUGUAAAAUCCAAGUUCAAGAAAGACAUCUUUAGACCAGUUCCAGCAAUUGUUCAUCAGGUAAGCUAUGAUAAAAUGUAAACUAUAUGUUGAAGUUAUUCAAUCCAUGAUAUUUGAUAAAUCAUAAAAUAUCAGUAUACUGCAGUCCUUUAUCUUUUGUUCCCCACAGAAUUUAAUCGUCAAAUUGAAUAUAGACAGUCAUUUAAAUAUUCUUUUUGUUUCUUAUAGGUUUAUUUGGAAGAAAUAAGUAAUGCCCCCUGCCCUGGUCUUCCCCAGCCCGAUUACCUUGCCAGACAAGCAAAUCGCUUACGGCAAAAGCUCCGACCAGAUGACCCUAAAGACCUGGACUUCGACCUUGAAGAAGAGCACAUCCCCACUGGUUUUCUGUGGUCAGAUCUAGGAGCUCAUAGUCGGCGUCACCUGAUUUUUGCCACGGAUGAGCAGCUACAUGACCAAGCCCGGUCAAAGUCCUGGUAUAUCGACAGUACAUUUAAAGUCUGUCGGCAUCCCUUCAUGCAGCUGCUGUCCAUCAACGCCUUCGUGGGAAAAGACCAUGUCAGGCAAGUACCUCUCCUAUUGGUGCUGAUGUCGGCUCACAAGGAAUGAAACUACGUUGAGGUAAGAAUUCCAAUCUUUAUUUCAUGAGAUCGUACGAAAGCUGAAUUUAUUACUUGUUUCAUUUUGCAAAAGCUAGAACAAUUUAAGACCCUUAAUGCCUCAAGGGCAUAUGGCCAAAGCGAUGCUAAGUUCCCAUAGUUUUUUUUUUGAAAAGCCUAAACAUUGAUGUUAAGUUCCCGUGGACAUAGGAUAGAGAGGUGUUCAUGCAUAUAUGCUGUAUUAUUAAACACAAUUUUAUUCCAGGUUUUAAAGAUGGUUUUACAGAUUGUUCCAAGUAUGCCACGAGUAAGACAAAUCACUGUAGACUUUGAAAAAGCCAUGUGGUCCCUAUAAGAAAGAUCUUCACUGAAGUACGAAUCCAUGCGCGUGCCAAAAACCAUUGUUUAUGCAAACAAGAAGUAGCAAUUUGUAUUUGUUUCCCCAUCUAGGUUCAAGAGCUGGGUCUUCAGGCAGCCUUUUUAAACGAUCGGGGGACCCACGCCCUUCUAAAAAAGAUGAUGGCCUUGCCAUAUUUACCGGAAGAUGAGUUAGGUCCAAUGCUCAGACAACUAGAGAGAGAUGCGUCGACCCCAGAGCUCACCAACCUAGCCCAGUACAUGAAGAGCACAUGGAUCGACGAGACAAGAAAUUGGGCGCCGUAG